AUGAGCUGGAUCUACAAACGCUUAAUUCUUUUGCACUACCAUGUAAAUAUAGCAUCUCUCCGGGAUCGUGCCCCCGCUCCAGGUUUCUACGAACUCUCCGGUUCAGAAUGGCGUCCACAAUCUAUGUGUGCCAGUGCAGCUGGCUCGGGGGAAAGGGAGACGAUCAUCCCCGUGAGGACAGACCCGCGGGGACAUCCUAAGACGAAAACGAGGUGCAUGAACAUAUCCGGAUCCGUCGCUGGUCACGGGGGUCCUCAAGUGACCGCCACCCGAUCCGAGCGGGGUCCGGACUGUCCAUCUGCUCGACAGGCUUUGUGCCGCCGAGCAAGCUCAACCUGCUGGGAAACCUACAACAAACCAAAACAACACAAACCAGAACAGAACAGAACAGAACAAGACUGCAAUCCAAGCCAACUCAAGCCUCGAUUCAACACUCAAAGAUGGCACAUCGGCUUCGAUACCCUCACCUCCGCAUGGUGGGAACAACACAAUAAAAAGGUACUGUCUUGUUUUCUUCUGGAAGAAAUCCGGGCUUGGACUUAUAAUAUACCCGUCUGGAUCUCUUUUCUUUUCUUCUUCUUAGAAAUUGUGGUCGACCGUUAG